AUUUCUGAUUGGCUGUUGACGCUCGCCCGAGCAGGGUCGUAAACCAGGGUCUGUGCUUUUAAAGGCGCUCGCCGGAGUUCCGGGGAACUUGGUUACUUUGUCUUCUGCGCCUGCUCCACGGUCUCAGGGACCCAGAUCACCUCGCCAGCAUGUCUCAGGCUGAGUUUGACAAGGCAGCUGAGGAGGUGAAGCGCCUCAAGACACAGCCAACUGAUGAAGAGAUGCUGUUCAUCUACAGCCACUUCAAACAAGCUACUGUGGGUGAUGUAAAUACAGAUCGGCCUGGGUUGUUGGAUCUCAAAGGCAAGGCCAAGUGGGAUGCUUGGAACCAGCUGAAAGGGACUUCCAAAGAAAGUGCCAUGAAAACCUAUGUGGACAAAGUCGAAGAGCUAAAGAAGAAAUACGGAAUAUAGAAGACUGGUUUGAUGGCCCACCACACAUGUGACGUAUAAUGACACAACAUCUGCUUUGUUUGUUCUAAUGUUGUAGAUGAUAUAUUGCUAAUAAAUUAGGGCCAGAAUUAAUCACUGACCCUCCUCCCUGAGUAGUUUUUAUCUGAAAUCAAUUAAAAGAACAUUUGUUAACUUCUA